AUGUCGGAAUAUUGGAAAUCCACUCCUAAGUUUUGGUGCAAACAUUGCAAGACAUUUGUACGAGAUACAAAGCUUGAAACUACAAAUCAUAAUGCCAGUUUACGGCACCAAGGGAAUUUAAAGCGCUUCAUUCGUGAUCUACAAAGAAGUCAAGAAAAAGGCGAGAGAGACAAAGAAAGAGCGAAGUCAGAGGUAGCUCGCCUUAAUGGCAUUGUAUCUAAGGAAAGAUCAGGAGGAGAGGCGGGCCUAUCAAAUCAAACAUUCAAAAGAUCUUCUCCAUCAGUAACAAGUUAUUCCACGCCCAAUGGCUCACACAGGAAACAACAAUUGGCGCAGCUAGCAGAAAUGGGAAUCAGCAUGCCAAGUGGGUUGAGACCUGAGGUAGCAAUGCCUGGUGAGUGGCAAACUGUAUCACAAAGAAUCAUAAAUCCAGGUGAAAAGAAAAUAGACACUCCGGUUAAUGUACGCAAACGUGUUCUAAAUGAGAUGGAAAUCGAAAAUCAAGAUGAGACUCUUGACAUCAACAACAAUAAAUGGGGCUAUAUGUACAAAUCACAUCAAGUUGAUAAUGAUGAUCUUGAAGAACUAGAUAAUCUCUUGAGCAAAGUGAAAAAUACUAAUGACAAUUAUGUUAAAGCUGAAGUAAAAGAUGAAAUAAACAUAAAAACAGAUUUCGAUUACUCAUUUGCUACCGAUCAGACAUCUAAAAAGCAUUUCAACAUCUCUAUCAAAGAAGAGCCAUGUGAAUCAACCGAUCUUCCACCAGAAACAACUCCCUCGUGCUUGAAAAUGGAGUCCGAGGUUGUGAAUAAGGUUGUAUUUAAAAAAAGGAAGGCAAAAAAUAUUCGGCAGAAAUAA